AUGGCUUCCUGGUCCUCACUGACCUCCUUCCUUAGGUUGGCCAGUGGCCAGUGGUUUCGCGUCGUCGUCACCAGCUGCGCGUUCUUCCCUUUCCGUCGACGACUGUUACCGAACCGCUGUCUCGGUGCAACUGCACUGUUACGCCGACACAUAUCUUGUUCAACCGUUUCGAUGCUGCGACGGCGCAGCCUUAAGCCCAAGCCGGACCUCAAACGCCACAAGUCAACCUCAUCGGCGGCACAGGGUGUCAUUCUCGAGCAUCUCGAUCCCGUGCUAGCACACCGGGAUGCUCAUAUUGCGGCCUGGGAGGCUUGCGCGAGAGCCCAAAACCGGACGAUGGCCGAGAUACCACUGUUCCCCAUGACUCCUCAGUCCUCUCCCCAGCAUCGGCCGUCAGAGUUGACCGCUGCUGGCCAGGAUAGCCGUGAUCGGGGUGACGCGCAAGACCUCCGUCGUCGUCAGAGCGUUCGUUUUAUGGGACCAUGCUCAACCCAGACGGCUAUUCGAGGGCCACAUGCUUCUGGUAGUUCCAAGGACAGGAACCGCGACUCAACAGACACACAAGAGGGAGGUCAUGAAAUAAGCAACCAGCCAACCAACGAGGAUCAAAACGAGAAAGCACCUAGUCCCCCCAGCAGAGUGCCACCACCAGUUCCCUUACCCCAUAUCGCCGCUGGCUACCUAGAUGCCCUCGCCGCUGCCGAAGAGUACUACACCCCUCAGGACGACAUAGCAUCCGCCCCAUCCUCGUAUCGCCGUCUUUACAGAUCCAGGUCCAUGUUCACCGAUUCUCCGGGCAACAAGUCCGUAAAGUUGAAACCGCCUCCUCCCUUAGCGUCUCGCAGGUUCUUCCGCUCAGACCCCAGUGAUGUCAAGCCUCCGCACGAUGAUACGGCCCCUGCUCUGAGAACUCCCAAGUCAAUGAGCUUUCUAAGUAGCCGGAGAUCUCAGUCUAGAUUUAAUACAAAUCGGGACCGGACUGCCCUGGAGCCAACCCCCUCUAGCUUGUCUGGGGUCCCCGAAAAUGCAUCAUUGAUCACCGAGAAAAGCAUGCCACGUCUCAGGUACAAAUCUUCGAUAUUCUUCGGUUCCUUGAGUCACCAAGCUGGUCCAAAAAUGCACCACAAAACUCUCCGCGGCAGCAGCUUUACGGAAGACCUAGGAAAACCAAGUUCUACCCCUCAUAGCCACUCGGAACAGUCAAGUACGCUAAGACUAAGGGCCAGAAAUGUCUCUCGAUCACUUAGGAUCAAGCUAAAGGGCCUGUUUUCUGGCGCCAAAUCCGAAGACGGAGCCGGGUCGAUUCCCUGCCAACACAUUGAGGCCCAGCGAAGUCAUGUUACACCCAUCCGUACUUCGAGCGCGGACGACAAGUCACCGAUUGAUGGAGGUGACGAACUCACACGCAGCCCUUUGGCAAGGGUGUCCACCUUUCGAAUGGUGCCGCCGGAGCUUGGGCAUACCAGCAAAGCAAGCAGGGAGAGUUUGACGAACGAGCAAGACCGCAUCGUAUCAGAUGGCUCGUCACUCACAAGCUGGGUGCACUCCGGGCCAAGCACACUCACAAGCCAGGAACAGCAACAAUGGAGGGAAUGGGAGAAGCAGCGCCUCUCCGUUAUUAGAGAGAACGGCGCCCAUGCCCCAUCACCCUCUAUCCGGAGGCGCGUACUCGGUCCGGGAGUUUUCCAACCUCCUGACAGAGCUGCCAAGGUCCCAGUCGCUGGUGGUCCGAUGGUGGACAGUCAACGAAUUUAUUCUGCCCUCGUCAAACGCAUGCAGGCCACAAACACCGAAACCGCUCAGAGCCGUGGACCUGAACGUUUGGCGUUGGCUGGUGAGGAAGUUGGGGAACACUGUGAUAAAACACCAGACACCAUUCGACAUGUCAUCCCCGAGCGAAAGUAUCUGAUGGCAUCCCGCGACAUUCAUACCCCAACACGAUCAUCAAAGAAAGCAAGUUUGUCUCGCAAGCCCAACCACGAGAAUGAAGAAGUCGACAACCGUCAUGCCGUGAGCUACGGCUCUCCGUCUGGUCACCAAGGCAGACGCAAUGUCGAUUUCACCGACGAGCGACCCGCAUCUGCUACGGCCGAGGUUGCAAGUCUUUAUAAGGGGUCCCAACUAGAGACGGAAAUGGACAGCAAUAACAUAAUGAUCCAACAGAGCGCUCGUCUAGACUGGUCGAGGGUUUCUGGCAGUCCCGCAUCACACCUCUUCAGGGCGGGAAGCCCCUACCGCCGUGCGCUUAGAAAGUCGAUGGAAGAGGAACAAAACGCUUGGGCACAGAGUUCGGUCAACGAGCGUGACUCGGACACCGGGACUCAAGUUCACCACGCGAGUGACGGAGGCAACGUCCCCGAGACCGACUCCGACUCGGCCAAGGAUCUCGAUUACUCCGAGAGUGUCUACUCCUCGGACGAGGUGGCAAACAGAAACAGCGCGGCAAACACUCCAGCCAUGUACCGCCCAGGGGGGCGUCGCGAGACUUCAACGGUCAGCUCAGUAGACUGGAAGACCUGGCUGUCAGCCAACGUGGACAAACUCGAGCCCGCUCCGUCCCCAUGCAAGCCAUCAUCGCACGCAGAACGCGCCCUACCAGCCAUAUCCCGGAAGUUACACACCACUGCCGCCAACCGCUUCCCAUCUCUCCGCGGCCACAUCCGUGAACAGGCCCAGAUCGACGACGACGACCGUGACCGUGUUCGUGACUACAACAACGAGAAUGUCCGCUCAGGCGAUGCAGACGACGUCUUCCAGUCCACCCCGACCCAGAAACCCGUCCGUAAAACCACACCAUCCACCACAACACUGCCAUCCACCACAGCAGCAACACCCCUCAGCCCAGUCCCCGUCCAACCCAACAUCACCACCAACCCCUCCCCACUCCGCCACUCCCUAUCCGCCAACAAACGUGCCACGCCCCCUACGCAUCCCAGCCGCAACAACUACGAACGCGGCGCAGAAGUGGGAGGUUGUGGUGGUGGAGGCAACAGGUCGCUGCUGGUAGAAAACGAGAGCCCAACCCGCGCACCACCGCCCCCGCCGCCAAUACCGCCUAGGAGCAAGAUGCGGCCGGAGCCGUUGCGCAUUGUGCGGGCGAGUCCGGGGCCGGUGGGAGGUUACGGUCUUCACCACCAUCAGCAGCAGCAGCACCACGGCCUGGGGUAG